AUGAAUCCCUCGACAAAUGCCAGCGACGUCGAUGCCGCGGCAAAUCCACAAAUGCUCAAUUUUCAGUCUCCACAACGCCAGAUAAAGACAAGCCAAGCUUCAAGUCCAGUUGGUACACCCUACAAACAGAACGGCAGCAAUGGCGAUGCUAGUUUGAACGGCACACCMUUACACAAUGGUCACGGCAAUGCCAAUGGCACUAAUGGUUAUCAGAAUGGUACACGACGUGAUUCUACGCAAGCCUGGACUCCACUACUGUCAAACGGUAAUGGUAACAGUGCUACACUAAACAAUGGUAAUGGUAACACUGGCUUGACAGACAACAGCUUAGUUGGCACAGCAAGUAUUAAUGGAACGGAAGACGGCAGUUUAGCGGGACAAGAGGCGAAUGAAACACUGGGUGAUCCCACCACUGUACUAUACACCACAUCGACCAGUAACAACAACGAAUGGAAAGAUGCCGAACAAAUAAAUAACCUCAAAAACGGACUGUUACAUUAUCCGGCCMAUCAUCAGGGCAACAAUAAUGGUUCGCUAAUGAACGGCAAGAAUGGUAUCGGCUUGGGCGUACCAGACAAGUAUGAUGAACAAGAUCCACUUACCGGCUUAUAUGCUCAAAAAAAUACAMGAACRCGUGAACCGGAUGAAUCGGAUACAGAUUCCGAAUUGAGUAAUGGCGAUCGACAAGCUCCCGGCUGCGGUUUAUUCGGCUGUCGGCCGAAAUGGGCGCGAAACUUUGCCUCGACUAAUGUCUUCAUGGUGGUCUUUUUGCUCGCCUAYAUUUUACAGGGCAUGUAUAUGACAUAUUUCGUGUCGGUGAUCACUACCAUCGAGAAACUAUUUCAGAUCAAAUCGAAAACGACGGGUUUUCUAUUAAGUGCCAGUGAGAUGGGUCAAAUUAGUACCGCUAUGUUGUUAACCUACUUCGCGGGACGUGGUCAUCGCCCACGUUGGAUCGCUUGCGGCAUGGUAUUAUUCUCCAUUGCAGCUUUCGCUUGCUCAUUGCCRCAUUUUAUAUUUGGCAAACAACUGAUGCAAUCACUUGAUACGCUCAGUAAUGGCGGCAAUGGUGGUAAUGCGGCAAUGCGCGCCUUACAUGGUCAAAUGCUGCACGCCAGUUAUGGACUGCAUGGAAUGAAUGACACAAUAAAUGCGAAAAGUGCGAACGCAUUGGAAGGCGGUCUCARUGCAUUGUUGGCCAAUGUGCCGGGCUCGCACGAAAUGAAUCUGUGCAUACCGGGACAGAACUCAACGAACUCCAACACAGAAUGCGAUGAGGAUCAAAAACUGGAACAGGCCUCACACUCAAAAAUCACCGUUAUUGUACUGUGCAUAUUCUUCGCUAGCCUUUUGAGCUCUGGCAUUGGACAGACGGCAGUAGCCACACUAGGCAUACCGUACAUAGAUGAUAAUGUGGCMAGUAAACAGUCACCUAUGUAUAUGGCCAUAACAAUUGGUGUACGSAUUUUGGGACCCGCAUCCGGUUUCAUUGUGGGUUCAUUUUGUACGCGCUGGUAUGUGAAUUUCUCCAAUCCCGGCUUCGAUGCUAGCGAUCCACGUUGGAUUGGUGCCUGGUGGCUGGGACCAGUUGGGAUUGGCACUCUAAUGUUGCUGUCAUCCUUUGCCAUGUUCUCAUUCCCAAAACAGUUGCGCGGCAAACGAAACCCCAAUGCCGGCGAGACUAAAGCUGAUGGCGGUGAUGAAGCGGCAGCCGCAGUGGAGGUGGAUGAGAARCCGAAAUUGAGAGAUUUUCCAAAGACCGUACGACGUCAACUUAAAAAUGACAUUUUGAUGUUCCGCACUGCUUCGUGUGUCUUCCAUCUCUUGCCAAUCGCUGGACUCUAUACUUUUCUACCGAAAUACCUCGAAACACAGUUCCGUUUAACCACCUAUGAUGCCAGCAUGAUUGCCGCCUUUUGUGGCAUACUCGUUAUGGGUGUGGGCAUUGUAAUAUCCGGUUUGGUAAUUUUGAAAUUGAAGCCGUCAGCGCGUUCCGUAGCCGCUUGGAUUGCAUUCACAGCACUGUUCUACUCAGCCGGCAUGGUUGUGCUGAUGUUUGUGGGAUGUAGCAUGAACGACUUUGCUGGUUACAAGAGUGCUACGACUGAUUCUCCUGCCAUGAUCGAACCGGCAUGUGACCUCAAUUGUUCCUGUGAUACGGGUAAUUACGCCCCCAUUUGCGGCAUGGAUGGUCGUAUAUAUAUUUCCACCUGUCAUGCGGGUUGUGCAGCGUCAGCAUUGACUGAUAACGGCACCUUGUUCAGUAACUGUACAUGCAUUCCAGAUUCUUUUAAGAACCAAGCGAUCGGCGGAUAUUGCGCUAAUAACUGUAAGAAUUUCAUAUUCUUCAUCAUCAUAUUCGCCGUUUGUGUGUUUAUGCAUUCGACAUCGGAGGUAGGCAGCAUGUUGUUGGUGAUGCGUUGCACACAUCCAAAUGACAAAGCCAUGGCUAUGGGCAUCAUACAGUCGGCGAUUGGAUUAUUCGGUAAUGUUCCUUGUCCAAUUAUUUAUGGCGCGGUGGUCGAUUCGGCGUGUCUUCUCUGGAAAACGGUGUGUGGCAAGCAUGGAGCUUGCUCGCUGUACGAUUCGGACACGUUUAGGCACUAUUUCCUCGGUAUUACCGCCGGCAUAAUGUUCCUGGCAUUCAUAAUGGAUUUGGUGGUGUGGAGCAAGGCGCAUCGCAUCGACAUAACGCCCGAGGACGGCAGUGAACCGCACGGCAAACAAACAGCCGCAGAAACGGAGUGCAAAAAGUCAAUGGUGGCACCCGAUACGAGCGUCUGARCAGCACUGCCAUCCAAAGGAGACGAACAUAUGUAGCUGAAAGAACAAAAACAAAAGAAAAUUAAACAAGAAAACAUUUGAAUAAGUGUCUUUAUAGGCUUGUUUCACACAAACAAAAAGUUUCAAAACGGAAUUCAGUUAAAAAUACAUAUAGAAAAUGAGUUGAGCAACUGGAUGAGAAUGUAUUCAAAGUAACGUGAACAUGACGACGCACAAUGUGGCCAAAACAAAGGCGCUCGAGAAAUGCAAAGCUGGAUGUGGUGUGUGUGUGUAUGAGUGUCUGUCACAUGCUUUGCAAGAAUUUGACGACGAAGGAAUGCGAUUUUGCAUUUAUUGUUUAUAGUUGAUUUAUUGGUUAGUUUAGUUAAAGUUUUAGUUAAUGACAGUUUAGUUAUAGACAGCAAAAACAAUGAAAAAAGAAAAAAUUAAAAUAAAGAUAAAAAUGAAAAUGAAAAUGAAAAUAAAAACAAAAGCAAAGAGAGCGCGACGAUUGGAUACUAACGGCAUGCAUUGGGAUUAGCAUGURUGGCUAAGCAUGAAUGAAA